AAAUGGUGGUUCAAUUUCUAUAGAAUAUUUAGUAAAUUGAAAUAAGUUAUAAAACUUCAAGAAGUCUGUCAUACGUUGUACAUGAUUUUGAAGAUAGUAAUAUUGUAAUUGUGCAUCUGGUGCGAUUACGUGGUGCGUAAGCAAGAGUUGUGUAUGACAAAUAACAGGUUGUUGAAUACACCGACUUCGUUGCGAUUUUGUAUAGUUACAUUGUUCGUUUCAAAUAUUACUAAAGACUUGCAAAAGGAAGUGAAGAAAUCGACAUUUUUAAUUAAUAAUUAAGUUGUGUGACAAUGUCAAUAUGUUAAAAGAGCAACAAGCUGGGCGACUUCAAUUUAAUCAGCAUGUGACCCACAUCUGAGAUUUCUCUUCCUUGUAUAUUGUUUUCAAACUAAAAUCUCAAUUUACACAAACCUACGCCACACCAGACAAAGUCAGGAAUUCGCCCUAAACUCGUACAGAAGGAACUAUAUGGACCUCAGACAUGACAUUUUGUGAUCUUGUCACGGUUGACUACAACCUGUGCAGCUCUCGGGGGGUCAUAUUCACAAUCCAGGAUUUCUAAAAACAUCGUUUAACUCGACAAUUACUCGUGUUAUCUUAAAAUUUUGUACAAUUAAGAAGUAACAAAUUAAAUCCACCAAUGUUAUUAAUAAAAUUAAGUGAAGUUUAAAAUACAUUUAACGAAGUGUGUGGUGUACCAAAAUGAAAUUAAAUUAUUUACGAAUGUAUCAAGAGUGUGUACAAUGAAGCAGGAUGGCUCAUGCUGAAAAUCAUAGAUAUAUUGUGCAGGUAUUUGUAGGAGCACUUUCUGCACAAUAUGAGGCCUUGUCAGUAGAAGCCUCUAAGCAAACAAGCUCUGAAGAGAUAGUUUGCUGCAUUGCUGAUAAGCUCAACUUAAAUGAUGGAUCGGGAGGUCCUUAUGAAUUGGCGGAGGUGGUGGGAGACAUGGUCAGCGGAGAAUGUAAGGAAAGGCGACUCGGACCGAACGAGUCGCCGGUCGCCGUAAUGAUGUUGUGGCCUAACAACAAUUCCGGCCAAUACUACAGGUUCUAUCUGCGAGAAAAGAUUCCCGACGAACCAUGGAUGGAAAACUUCUCAGUGGACCCGCAACUCAUAAAGGACUACUUCCAGAGGUUUCUCUAUCAGCCGAAGGAUCGAGAGUAUCCCGACUUGUGCCAGCUGCCGGAAUUGAACGAACAGACCCUCCUGGAUAACUUGAGGGCUCGAUUCGCGGCUGGAUAUAUCUACACAUAUGUGGGAUCUAUAUUAAUAGCCCUCAAUCCCUUUAAGUUCUAUCCUAUUUACAACCCAAAAUACGUUAAGCUGUAUCAAAAUAAGCGGAUAGGCUCGAGCCUUCCUCCUCACAUCUUCGCAGUUGCUGACGCGGCGUACCACUGUAUGCUGCGAGAGCGAACGAAUCAAUGUAUAGUCAUAAGUGGCGAAAGCGGUUCAGGGAAAACAGAGAGUACAAAUUUUCUUCUCCAUCAUCUCACCGCGCUCAGUCAGAAGGGAUCUCAUGGAAGUGGCGUGGAACAAACUAUAUUGAGUGCAGGACCAGUGCUAGAGGCUUUCGGUAACGCGAAAACCGCACAUAACAAUAACUCCAGUCGAUUUGGCAAAUUUAUACAAGUAAAUUAUAAGGAAAAUGGAAUGGUUCACGGUGCUGUUGUGCAGAAAUAUCUUCUGGAGAAAUCCCGAAUAUGUAGUCAAGGUCGAAACGAAAGAAACUAUCAUGUGUUUUACUAUCUGUUGGCGGGGGCUUCUGAACAAGAAAAGGAACAGUUACACCUGCUCAGUGUGGACAAAUACAAUUAUUUAUCAAAAACUGGUUGUAGUGUAGUGCCUGGUGUCGAUGAACAGUAUGAAUUCUCACGGCUGAAACAAUCCAUGGACAUGGUUGGUUUCACACUGGACAAGCAGCGGCGAUUGUUUGCUGUUCUCUCUGCGGUACUCCUUUUAGGCAAUGUAGAGUUUCAACCACAAAGGAAGUCAUAUCAUCACGACGAAGCGGUGGGUGUGCGGAAUCCAGAAGUGGUAUCACUCAUAUCAUCACUUUUACGAGUCAAACAAGAAACUUUACUAGCAGCGCUCACAUCCAAACGCGCCAGAGCCUCUGGGGAAACACUUGUCAUUAAUUAUAGGUUGCCAGAAGCGAUUGCCACCAGAGAUGCGAUGGCUAAAUGUCUGUAUGGUGCUCUGUUCGACUGGAUAGUGAUGCAGGUCAAUCAUGCGUUGCUUUCAAAAAAAGAUACGCUCAGAGACCACCAAGGACAUAGUAUAGGCGUCCUCGACAUAUUCGGCUUCGAGGACUUUGGUCCGAGCAACAGCUUUGAGCAGCUCUGCAUCAAUUACGCGAACGAGCACCUGCAGUACUACUUCAACCAGCACGUGUUCAAGUACGAGCAGGAGGAGUACCGCCGGGAGGGCAUCCGCUGGACAGACAUCGGCUUCUCCGACAACACGGGCUGUCUGCAGCUCAUAGAGGGCAAGCCAGGCGGCCUUCUGUGUCUGCUGGACGACCAGUGCAAUUUCCCGUGGGCAACAAACGAGACACUCCUGCAAAAAUUUAAUUCUGUGCAUGAAGACAAUCCCUUUUACGAGAAACCACAGCGACGAGAGCCCGCAUUCGUAGUUCGACAUUACGCAGGGAGGGUUAAAUAUCAGGUGACAGCAAUGCGCGAGAAGAACUUAGACUUAAUGCGACAAGACAUAGUAAGCGUUCUUAAGAAUUCUUCCUUGGCAUUUGUCCGAGAAUUAGUGGGUGUAGAUCCAGUUGCUGUCUUCCGGUGGGCUAUUGUACGAGCUUUCUUUAGGGGGUAUUUUGCCUUCUUAGAAGCUGGGAGAAGACAUCGGGUAAACAGAGUCGAGGGUGCGUCUAGGGUACAGCGGGCAUCGAUACAUGCGCCGAAUGACAGUAUUAUCAGGGCGGGCAAGGCGCGGGCCGAUAGCAAGCAGCGCGUCGCGGGCAAACCUUACAGGAUCGCGGAGACGCGCACGCGCCGCCUCGAGCGCGACGAGCGCUUCGACGACGCCGACGUGCUGCAGCGCGCCAGCCUCAUCGUCAUGAAAAACAAAUCGUUUCGACCGCGAGAUCGCGCGAAGAAGGGCCUAAAGAACCUGCAGAGCGUGAAGACGCUGGCGGGCCGCACGGCCGCGCCCGCCGGCAAGCGCAAGCAGCCGCUCACCGUGGCCGCGCAGUUCCAGCACUCGCUCGCCGCGCUCAUGGAGACCCUCAACCAAGCCAACCCCUUCUUCAUCAGGUGUAUUAAAUCGAACAGUGACAAAGUGCCAAAUGUAUUCGACGAGGAGACAGUGCAACGACAACUGCGCUACACUGGCAUGUUGGAGACUGUUCGGAUCAGACAGGCGGGUUACAACGUGCGGCUCACAUACGAGGAGUUUAUUCAAUUGUACAGAAUACUUCUGCCCAAAGGAUUGCUAAGCUCUCAGACGGACGUCCGACACUUUCUGGCUACAUUAAAUUUGGAUAGGGAUAAUUAUCAAUUAGGUGCAACGAAGAUUUUUAUGCGCGAGAGUGAGCAGACAAAGCUGGAAUACCGGUUACAUCAGCAAAUUAUGGCUUCAAUUAUUACCAUCCAACGUUGGUUUCGAGCCGUGCUGGAGCGACGACGCUUCCUCGCGCUGCGGCGCGCCUCCGUCGUCAUCCAGGGAUACUGCAGACAGUGGCUGGCGCUGCGGCAGGAGGCGGCGCGGCGCGUGCAGGCGUGGCAGCGCGGGCGGCGCGUGCGGCGCUGGUUCGUGCGCCUGCGCGCCGCGGCCGUGCUGUUCCAGGCGGCGGCGCGCGGCUGGCUGCUGCGCCGCUCGCUGCCCGCCCGCCGGCUGCCCGCCCGCCGGCUGCCCACGCAUGAGACUAAAGCGGCGCUCGUGCCGGAAACUGGCGUCUUCAAGAAGCGGCCGCCCAGUAUUGAGCAAUUGAAGAAUAUUAUUGACAUACAAUUAGACAUGCUUAUACAAGAAGAGGCGGAGAAAACGAGACAGCUAAGAGCGACCCAAUCACUGCCAUUAGCAAGCUUAGAGAAAAAACGAGAUAAUAUAUUGGAGAGCUCCAGCGUGCAGACAUACAAUAAAAGAAGAGUUUCCAAAACACAAAACAUAACAGAACUUCCUCUUAAGCAAUCGAAUCCGAGUCUGAUUAGUCAAGAAACGAACGAAUCGUCACCAGACGACAGCUGGAAUGUAAACUCCAACAAAUAUCCACAAGGCAUAGUCGCCUGGCCGAACAAAAUUACAGCAGAAGACCUGGCCAAUGAACUGCUCUGGCUCAGGAUAGAUCAGAACUAUCUAAUGGCCGAAAAAAACAAGAUACGAGAACGGGAGUUGGCUGAGUCGAUAGCUAGCAGUAGUGAGGAGUACCUUCGGCAGGUUGGCGACUGGAGUCCCGCUGAAAGUUCCGAUACCACUAAAAGCGGAUCGAGACGGACAUCGCCACAAGUGUACCAGCGCAGCUUGUCGAGCACGACGCUGGAGCCGCCCGUGCGGACUUUGCACAGCCUGCCGCCCGUGCGCCGGGACCCUCGGGACCAGCGGGAAUCGCGGGACCACCGGGACUCUGUUCCGGCCAUUCGAACUGAAAAUAGCAUUGAACCAACGAGCGCGCCGCCCGCGCGCGCCGACGGCCCCCCCGCGCCGCCCGCGCCGCCCGCGCCCCCCGCGCGCGCCGCCCGCCGCUCCCCGCGCCGCCUGCCGCCCGACGCCGCGCCGCUCUCCGCGCUGCCCGCGCUGCCCGCCGACCACUUGGACAUUAAACGCUGCGCGUCGGAGGCGGCGGGCGGCGACGCGCUGCGCCGGCGCAACUCCGACCCCGCGCCCGAGCCGCGCGCGCCCGCGCCCGACUACAUCGGACACACCGGCAACGGGCUCUUCGGGAUCGCCGGCCACAGGUUUCGUAAAGGUACAAGAUUCGCUAAAGGCGACAAAUGCGUGUAUUGUCAUCAAGCGAUCGAUGCGUUCAUUACUCAAGGACAACGAUGUAUCGACUGCAAACAGCUUUAUCAUACAAAGUGUAUACAGAAUAAGGGAGUGAUCACCAUGCCCUGUCCCAGCCCCGUCACAGUUGCGUCCAGAGGACGGCAUAAAAACAGAAAGAGAAUUAUGCCAAAUAAAGAUUCCCCGUACAGCUUAACGACGGACCACUCCAAGGGCCCCGUUAGUUCUAAUUUUAAUUUGACCGGUACUUCUGAGUUUAUGGAUAGAACGGACAAAAUCAUAUCAGACGCCACGGAAUUACAAGCAAUGCAAAAUUUCAUCACAAAGAAGAUAUAUCUUAUGGAGUCGUCAGAAAGUGAAAAACAGUCGGAAGUGGACAGGGUAUUCAAACACGCAUUAAGAGAGUUCAAAGACAAUCUAGUGGCCACCUACAGCGUUGUAGAAACACGAGGCUCAGCACUUAAGUACAAAGAUUUAAUUGGUAAUUUCCUUCACGUGAUGGAAACGGUUUGUGCCCGAGAAGGUUCAACGCUUUCAAUUACGAUGGGAGUUAAUGCCUUCAGGGGUUUUAUGGACGAGUUUAUGAGCCAACACGAAACCGAUAAGGCCAGGACGAAGAGAAAAAAGGACAAGAAAAGAAAAUUGUCCUUUCGAUUCCAGGUGGACGAUCCGAUACAGUACAAGGGGCACACUUUCAUCUUAUCCAUGAUUAACAUCCCCACGGAAUGCGAGAUCUGUAAAACGUUCUUCAUGUGGCCUAUCGAGCGUUCUCUGAUUUGCCAGACCUGCAAGCUUGCUUCACAUAAGAAGUGCUAUAUGAAGGUGUCGACGCAAUGUCGCAAGGACUCGGUGACUCCGUCGGCCUCCAUCGUCGGCGCCGUGGACGCGGGCGGCCGCGAACAGUUCGGCGUGCUCAAACGUGGAAAGGUCUUUGGCAUUCCUUUAAGCGAGUUGCCUACUGGGGAAGGAAACAUACCGAUCGUUGUCGACAGACUCAUCACAACCAUUGAAAUGACUGGAUUGUACACUGAAGGUCUUUACAGAAAGAGUGGGCUUAGUUCGAAGGUGCGUGAGCUGCGACGCCUACUGGACGAGCGGCCGGAGGAGGGCGUGGAGCGACUAGACGCGUACGCGGUACACGUGCGCGCCUCCGUGCUUAAAACAUUCUUCCGUGAAUUACCCGAACCGUUGCUUACUUUCGACCUCUACGACGAUUUAAUUCUUGCCGCAGAGAUCUCUGACCCACAGGAACGAGUGUCCAGUAUUUUUACAAUAUUAAAAAAGCUACCUAAACCAAAUUAUGAUUUAGUUGAGAGACUAAUAUUUCACCUGGCAAGGGUAGCAUUAGGAGAAAAUCACAAUAGAAUGGGUCCCAACGCGCUAGCUAUCGUAUUCGCUCCGUGUAUCCUGCGCACGCACAAGGUGCAGCCAGCACAGGAUUCUCUACAUGACAUCGCACGACAAACCGCCUGCCUCGAAGCCAUCCUCAUCGAUAAAAUAAGCAAUACUCGCGGCACGUUGGAAGAUAUCGCGACUUUGGAUAAAGCUUGCGAGACGGCGUCUAAUCGACUGACUAUAAUCCGCGCGCGAAGUCUCGCGCCGCGUCAGGAAGAGCAAAUCCUCGAGGGACACAUACACGAAAUCGAAAAAGAGAAAAGGAAUCUUACCUUCAACCUGCCCACACUUAUUAGGGCGACAUCAGACGACGAUUUGCUAUCAACUACAGACCACGACGGCGAGUUUGGCAGCACCGAUGACGUCAGCACGGGUGCCUCCUCGCUGCGCUCACAACGACUCCUGCAUCGCCAGCUCUCAUCAGACGACCCCAUCAUGGUGUAAACAAAGGCAAUUUUGGCAAACACCAAAGGAUAUUUAUGACGCAUUCAUUGUUAAACUCCUGGUCUGUUUUUGUUAGCAUGAUCAUUAACCAAUAAUGACAUUCAUGUUUUCGCAAGGCAAGAAGAAACAACACUUAAAUUUAUAGUAUUGAUAUCUUGCCAUUUUAACAGAAUUUAUUAUAUAUAACUGAUAAAUAAAUUACAGUUUAUUUUUUAAAAUGUUACAAAAAUACUUUGGAAAUAGAACAAAUAAGUAGUUAAAAAUGCCUUUUGUAAACAUAAUUAUAUAAAAUUUGUUACUCAUUAAAAUAUAUUAAAUUCUUAGCGACUUUAAAACUAGAUAAAUAAAUAAUAAUUAGAACCUAAAUGAUUUACACUUCAUAUAAUGUCGAAGAUUACUUUUAAAAACCGUAAAUGACAAUCACGCAAAUGAUCUAAGAAAAGAAACAAAACAAGCAUUCAAACCAUAAAAUCAUUCCAAUGUCAGCGUUUAUAUUUAUAGUAUAAUAUUGUAUGUUCAAUAAAUAAAUAUUUAAUAUUUCUAUUUUACAUAAUAACAAAAAAAAAUACUUUGUUAUACUUCUAAAAAGGUACAUUUUUAAGCAUUUAUUUUAAUUAUAAUAUUUCAAGAAUUUUUAAUCAAAUAUAUUGACGUUAAGUUUUAAAAGCCUGUUAAGAAUUGGUUGAGUUUGUUAAAGAAAAAAUGGCAAUUUCUAUUAUAAAAAUUUGAAUCUUUGAUUCAAAUAUGGUUUUAAUGUACAAAGAAUGGUUAUAAAAAUGUUUUAUCCUAUUUGAUCUAACUUCAAAAUUGUAUUUAAUUCAAAAAAAUCGAAGUAUAGAAAUACAUUGAUUGUUAUGAAUGUUCAUAUUAAAUGUCAUCAUUCGGUGUGUUGUUGACUUCAAAAGUUUUAAAUAUUAUAGGCCACUUAUAAUGGCGGGCUUUGAUCGUGCAGUUGCAAUACAAGUUUAUAGAAUUUUACAAAAAUAUUUUAAUAACAUAACUAAAAACAUUUGUUUAUGGUGCAUUUUAAUUAUUUUAAACUUUCUGGUUGUUUUCAUAAUGAACCAUUCAAUCAGAUUAUACCAAUCUAAUAAUCUAGAUAUCAAGGUAUUGUGAUAAAUAAAAUGAUUUUCUAGAAAUUAAUAAAAAAAGAAAAGCUUAGAUUACUUACUUAAAAUAAUUUACUAGUAGAGGCUUAAGAGAAUGUCUGCCAACUUAAAAGUUGCAAUUAAAAUAAGAUCCCAUGUAACGAUAAAAAGAAAAUACUAUUUUUUUGAGAGACAUCAAAAAGUAUUCCAUGAAAGCUAGUGUGUGUACAGUUUUUCUAUAAUAUUAAAUGUUAGGAACAUUUAAUAUUAAUUUCAUGCAUGGUAUAUCUGUUAGUGUUAUAGAUUGUACCUUGCUUAUAUUAUAUUUGUUUCAUAAUCUAAAAGACUGUCUAUUGUUAAGCUAUUGAAUUUAAAUAUUGUUAAGUCACAAAAGUUUUAUCUGCUUUUAAUUAGUUACUAUAUUUAUACUUACUAUUCAAACAACGAAUAUCUCUGUGAAAUGUAACUUUAUCUACUAAAGCAUACUUGUAGCAUUAAGUUUAUAUCAAGAUAUUGUUUAAUUUGAAAACUCACAACAAAACAUAUAGGUUAUUAUAGUAGUCAUUUUUAUACUUGUAUUAUUUGAAUCUCACAAUUAAUUUAACCUUUGUACAUUUUAUCAGGUAUACAAACAAAUUGAUAAUGCUACUUAAUUUGAAAUAUGUUGCAAAGGUGCCGAACAAUUUUCUCAUAUCUCAAAAAGAAAUAUUAAUAUUUUAUUGGGGGUUGUGUCGCAGUACUUUACUGUACUUUCUGUGCCUUCAACUUAUUUGCUUUCAGCAAGCAGCAGUUCAAGUCUAUAAGCGUUUACAUGAUGUUAUAUUUUACUAAAUGUUAACUAUCCUAUCAUAUGUAUAUUACAGAGUUUUAGAGUUAAGUAUCGGUUAACCACUUACUGCUUAAAUCUCUACAACAUUAUUUUAUAUAUAAUAUACCUUUGAAAUAUUUUAUUCUGGAUCCAUACAAACUUAUUGCUUAUAUUGUAUGUUGUAGAUUUUUGAUAAUUGUGACUCCAUUUUAGGAUAAUUAAAUUACAAGUCCAUGUAGAUAAAAAAAUCCUUGUAAAGUUUAUGUAAAUAAUUAUUAGCCUUACAAUUUAGUUACUACUAUACUUUUAUUAUACAUAUUAUACAAAUUUAUCUUAAGUUGAUUAACACUUAGGGUAUUUUGUGAUUCAUGGUGUUUUUAAAUUGGAAUUGGUGCCUAAAUUGAUUUGUUAAACACAAACGCGCUUUAUUUGCUUAAAUUGAGAGUUUGUAUGUAAAUGUUAAAUCAUAUAACUAAUUACAGUGAUUUUUUUGUCUUGGAAGUUAUUAAGAGUCAAGAAGAGUUAAAUUCUCAAACAAAUUUUUGAUAAGAUAUUAAUUUGAUAUUUUAUAAUUUGUUUAAAAUAAAAAAAAAAUGAGGCAGUGAUUUAAUACAGUAAAUGUUACAUUAAUUAAACUUGUAUUUUUUAAGGACCAAUAUACUUUCACAUGAUUUUUUGUCUCUUCAUAGACUGCAAAGAUAUUUCCUUGAAUCUAAUGUGGUAAUAAUUUGUAAUAUAUUAAUGAUAUGUAUAUUAAUCAAUUUGUGUUAAGGGUCCUGUAAUAAGUCAAUAUAAUGAUUUUAAUAAAAUGUAACCAAAAUAUUAAAGUGUAUACAAAAUAUGAUAAA